AUGAAGGUCUUCCUUCUGUUCCUUCUCUCCCCCCUCCAAGGGGUGGGAUCCAGCAGCCGCUGGGACCAUGACUUCAGCUUCUGCGGGGACCGGAAUCAGACCCAGGACAGCUCUGUCAUCUAUGAGCACGGCCCGGCCACCAUCUCUAUCGAGAACACAGCCCAGGCGCUGAUAAUCAAAAGGCCCUUUUCACCGAGCAGGAGGAACUCUUACUACAAGUACAUCUUGCCCUCGGCCUUGGGCAGGUACCGCUUCUGCAUCUACUGGUUCCAGGCCAACAGGACCCUGCAACUGGCCUAUGGGAAGCAGAGCUUCGUCCUGGGUGGAAACCCUGCCAGAAGCAUCCCCCAAGGCAAGGAGAGCCAGGAGACCAGAAGAACCAGCAGCCCGAUCUUCAAUGUCUCCUACACCUCAACGGGUGGGAAGAACACCUCCCUUGACAGCACAUCUCAGUACUUCUUCCCUGCGUCUCCUGAGAACCUGCCUGUCUGGGAUCAGGAUGUGGAGGAGCAGCUCACCACCUUGGACAGCCUCAUUGCCCAUCCCUUGGAGCCAGAAGCCAGGGACCAGUGGGUGUUUCGGCGCAAACUUGGGGAGCUGGAGAAGACACUGGCCAAGGUGGAGCUUGAAGGGCAGAACCAGACCUUCGGGAAGGGCACUGUGCAAGCCACCGUCCUGAGGGUCCAGCCCACUCCAGCUCCCCAGCACCUGGCCUUUGCUUCCCAAAGAGAGAAAGGUGGAGAUGGUUUCGCUGUGGACCUGCCUAGCAGCCUGUUCAUGAUGGCAAAGGAGAGGGAGGACAUGGUGGAGCACAGGGUGCUCCUUAUGGACAUCAACAGCCAGACCAUGUUCCAGGAUGAAAACAGCAGCCACAUCCUGGGUGACAAGGUGGUUGGAAUCUCCCUGGUGGACACAGUGGUGGCCAACCUCUCUGAUCCAGUGGUCCUCACUUUCUUCCACCGCCAGCUGCCGAGGAAUGUGACCCCACUGUGUGUCUUCUGGCAGGAGGACACCACUGGCAGUUUGGGGAGCUGGGACACCUAUGGCUGUGUGACAGCACCGGGAAGCAGCUGGACGGACUGCAGGUGCAACCACCUCACCUACUUUGCCGUGCUAAUGGUGUCCUCCCCAGAGAUCACUUAUGUACACAGGGACUACCUGAGCAUCAUAACCUACAUUGGCUGCCUGAUCUCAGCUUUGGCAUCCAUUUGCACCAUCCUCUUCCUCUACUUCAGAAGCAAGCAGCGAGACCAGAUCACGAGCAUGCACAUCCACAUGAAUCUGCUGGGCGCCAUCUUCCUCCUGGAUGUCACCUUCCUCAUCUCUGAGCACCUGGCUUCCAGCAGCAGUGAGGCAAUCUGCAGAGCUGGGGGGGUGUUCCUGCACUUUUCCCUCCUCAGCUGCCUCACCUGGAUGGGCAUUGAGGGCUACAAUCUCUACCGGCUUGUGGUCGAAGUCUUCAAUGCCUACCAUGACCACUUCCUCCUCAAGCUCUGCCUGGUGGGCUGGGGACUUCCCUUCCUCUGUGUGUCACUGAUCCUCCUGGCGAGCUGGACAAACUAUGGCCCUUUCUCCAUUCCUGUCUAUGAAUCCAUUGGUGGCAAAUCCACCAAUGCAACCAUAUGCUGGAUCACGAGCCCCCUGAUCCAUAACAUUGUGAACCUGGGAUUCUUCAGCCUGGUAUUCCUCUUUAACUCAGUCAUGCUGGGAGCCAUGGUCCGGGAGAUCCUCCGGCAGAACAAGAAAGGCCACAAGCUCAAGCACGUCCUAGCUCUCUUUGGGCUGAGCAUCCUACUGGGCAUCCCCUGGGCAUUGGUCUUCUUCUCCUUCACCUCUGGAGUUUUCCGCCUCGUUUCUCUCUAUAUCUUUACCAUUGUCAACUCCCUGCAAGGUUUCCUCAUCUUCCUCUGGUACUGGACCAUGGUGCUGCAGGCCAGAAAGCCCUCUGACUCGCAGAGCAACUCCGACAGUGUCAAACUGCAGCCCAACAGCAGCCAGGGGGUGAUGCGUGGGGACUGCGAGGCCUGGAAGGUGGCCCUGGUGGCAGUGAGGCUCUUCUGCCUGCUGGGAGCCACCUGGGCCCUGUGGUUCCUUACCCAUGGCACCCCUGCUCUACUUCUUCACCUUAUCCUCAGCUCCCUCCAAGGUCAGGGCCACUCGUCUGAACUGUGGGGAGACCCUCCUGCAGGAUCAGGAGAGUCUUCAUAUUCAUCUGGCUGGUUGUCCUCUACUACCUGAAGACAAAGGAGAUCACUCGCUCCCUCUCCCACAUCAUCAGAUACAACAAAACCACCACAACCAGGGCCAAGACCUUUGGGCAAGGAUCUGCUGGACAACCCUCAUGAGAAACACCUAGCAACAAUUUCCACGAGGACAUGGAGCUUCAGCUGA